CUAAAAGACGAAGUUUAUGGAAAACUUCUUAAAGGCCUUUUUGUGCUGGACAAUAGCAAGUCAGGGAGUGGUGAUGAAUGUCGAGGCGUAAUAAAACUAAGAGGAAAAGUGCUUUCUUUUGUCAAAAAGCUUCCACAAUUGAACGAGGCCAUUCCACUGAAGUGGUUGAAGUAUGAAAAUGUACUACAUCUCUUGAGCAAGGAGGGCUAUAAUUGGGUACCCGUCGAGAAAGCAAGACAGAUUGGUACAGAAGAAUGUGGAAUUUGCGACAAUAAGCAAUUUCGAACUCUUCUAAACUUUUUACACGAUCAGAGAGUCUUGAUUCAUUUUACUGAAUCGCCAGAGUUGCAAAACGUUGUAAUUGGGCAGGAACGAACAGGGAAAACCAGUUUAAAGAAGUUUUUCAAAGGAUGGGAAUUUUUCAAUCCAAAUGAAGGAAGCACAGAAGGGAUAGAGACAGAUCCGUCCUAUUUUAAAGUCUCGACAGACGUUUGGAGGACAGGCAAGAAGAGCAAAGAUACCGAAUCAGAGCCAACGUUUUCAUUUGCGCACCAGGUAGCCCAGUUGGUAGUUGAAAACUUACUGAAAAAAGAAACCAGCACUCCUCAUUCACGAAGCCCUA